CUCCUUUUUCCAAACGCGCGCCUCGCACCUCACUUUUUGUUCGAGUUUCUGUCAACAUCACUGUUUCAACUCACCUCCGCUCGAAUGAGCUGUUUCUCUCAAGGAUUUACAUUUUGUCUCCGCAAUGACCGCACAAGCUUUUGCAAAUGUGCUCCAAGAGCCGGAUAGCGACGUAUCGCAUACGCGCCUGCAUGAGCUCAUUUCAGCCCACGAUUUCAGCGGAUCGACACUCUCUACUGUUGCUGAGGAUUAUCUGCGCGCAUUCUGCGAUAAGAAUUUGUCUGUUACUCGAAGAAGAUGGGCCGGGAUCGCGCUUGUACAAAUGCUAUACGCUUCUUCGGACACGGCCGAGCACUUGGGGCAAUUGAAGGAGGUUCUGUGUGGCCUGGGCGAGGUCAUUCUCAGUGCGACAGAGUGGGAAGAGACGAAGGUUGUCGCUGGCCUCAUCAUGAAGCAAGGCAUGGAACACGGUAUCGAAUACUCUAGCUUCUGGGGAUCAGACAAGGUCAAGGAUAGCGCGCCUAACUUUCCAAAAAAGACUGACCGAGACUGGAUGGGACGGUUCCAGCGCUUUCUUGACACACUGGGCGAUCUGGCUCUCGCGAAUCUGAACACAGACGCAUACGUCAUAUACCCCGUCUCGAUAGUCGCUUCCGACAAUUUCAGAUGGAGCCACUGGGAGGAGGGCGUUCCUAUCGCAGUUCUACAGAACGAGCUGCUUACUAUUAUUGCGCCAGAUAAAACGUUCCGGAAGAUAACGUUUGUCGACAUACCGUUUAGUCAUAUCCACAGUACGCGUACCCAUCAGUCUGAUCUCGCGGAUUCUCAAUCGCAAGUCGUACAACGCGCAGCCUGGGAUAUUGUGCUGAUGCUCGACUACGGGCUAUGGACGUACAGUGUGAACACGUCGAAGCGCAAGGGAACGGAGCUCAGGCUCACGUUUCAGGACCAGGUGGAUGCCAUAGAUGUCGAGAGGGCGAUCAACGAAUUCAAACAGAGCAACGUUUCCGGCCUUGGCCAUCCUCCACGGGCUCGCCCGAUGAUAUCCCGCAGUUCUCCAAUGUAUGUAGGCCGUUGGUCCCCUAUACAAACCAGCAAAGUCACAAAACAACAAGAACACCACGACGAUCCACCCGCCCAAAAAAUAGCCCGUGAUGAUGAUUCACAGCGUUCCUUUUCGGAUGAUGACGCUAUCAUGAGCAGUCGAACGCGAUCGUCCCGUCAACAGCCCACAACCAGAUCGCUCAAGAACACGAAAGGCUCUUCGUCAGGUAGCCUAUCACGACUAGACUCUUCGGGUCUAAGUAGCGCGCCCACAGACACAUAUCAAUCGGAAUUACAACAAAAGCAGGACAACAAUCAGCCAGCACGGCAGUCGAUCACUGCGAGCCCGAAGAACAUGAGUUCGGCUCAGGCACGACCACAACAGCAAAACGCCACCGCACCAUCGCACGAAAACACUUCAGAUACUCCAGAUGCGUCCACCAACGCUAGUUCAUCGAAGGAAAGUCGACGACGACAUGUAGCUACUGUGAACGAUACUGGCGAUGGAGCUGGCUCGUCGGAGCAGGCAGCGUCGUCACGAUCAGUAUCAAAGCGAGCGACACAUAGCAAGGGAAAGCUGCCGAGCAUCUCUCAGGUUGCGAAGGCGAGAGUCUCGAAGCAAAUACCUACAAAGGCAAGGCCUGCUGCUGUUACACGAAACAAAAGAUCAAACAAUGUAAAGUCCAUGAAAGAAGCUAGCUCGGAUGACGACUCUGAUGAAGCCUCGAUCUUCGACAUACCAACACAGAACAUGGAGCAAGCCCAACUCAAAGGGACUAAUCAUGCUACUGCCGACACACGUAAGGGAAGAAAGUCGCAGACUAAACGACAGGCCGAUUCCGACGACGAGUUUAUUCCUGACAGGCCAUUGCCAGAACCAAAAUUGAAAAAAAAAACUACAAACACAAAGCGGAAGGACGCACCGGAUGUUGAUGCUGAUGCCAGACAGCCAAAGAAAAGGACGAACCCCAAAGUGAAACGAGACGCUGAAGACGCUGUAGCUGUGGAGAGUUCAGAUGGGCAUAACUCGGAGACUGAACAAAGCGAACCAGCAGAAUCCGUCCGGCGCAACAAACCGGAAGAGCCACUUUCUCGCCAGUCUAGGAAGGAACCUCGUCUGCGCCAGCUCAAGAACAAGCCGAGUUCACACCUGGCCAAGCAAAAACCAGUUCAGCAGGCUCCCUCUCCGGUUGCUUCUACACGCCAUUCAUUGAUUGGAGGGCUACUGAAUUCCGUAAACCCGCUGGUCACCUCCACAGCAUUGUUCAAGAAGCCUCCACGGCCGUCCCAAGAUCGCCAAUCACCUUCUACACCUACGAAAUCAAGAUCGCAGCCCAUCCUCCGAAGGUCAGAGACUCCAACUGAAGAGCCAGAAAGUCCUAACGAACCACUGCCUCUCAUGACAUCAUCUCCGCCAACCUGGCAAGCGCCAGAAGGACGGACUGACAGUGUACGUCGGUCUGUAGUGGAUACAGAGAUUCUGUCUAGCAAUAGCAAGCGUGUUCCCGACUCUCCAACUGCGGAGUCCACAGCCAUCUCAGGUCAUGCAGAUCGAGACGACAUCGACGAUCAAAAGCGGAAGGGAGAUAUGCAGACCGCAAAAAGUGAUCCAUUCAGCCAUCGCCGCGCAGGUGGCAAGUCGACCAAUUUCAUCCGUCGACUCACAGGAGGAGAUCAAAUCCAUGACAACCCGGAUUCGAAGAAACCAAUGUCACAUAUUACUCUAGUAAACGCCAAUGAUUCCGACACCUCAGAAAUGGAAGAAGACACCCUCAGAGCAGCAGUUCAGCCGCCUCCGCGAUUGAGAACAAGCCCAAAGACGACGCUCAGCCUGACUGGGGUUGAGACCUCUACUCGGCAGCGACAUACAUCGUUUUCGGACUUGAAUGAGCCAUCAAUGUCGGUAAAGGCGAAGCAGAGCAAAGCCCACCAAGUCCUGCAGAGGUCCCCAAAUAGUGCCGCUCAAACUGCGCAAUCGUCAUAUCAGAAGUCAAUUGCGGCACGGGAGGAAGACGGUACUAGACGCGACAAUUACUCCGACGAUAGUACAACACGCAUUCAUGCCAAAUCCUCAGGAUCGGGAUUAAGCUCGGCGCCGUUGUAUGGAAGUCAGCGAGAAGCAGAGGCAGAGGAUUCUGUUCUCUCCGCUUCUGGGCAACCUAUCGACGACACUCAGAUGAAAGACCAGUGUGAAGAUGAGACUCGAGACCAGAACCAAAAACGGGAUCAAGGCCUUCCUAACAAUGGUGAUGCUGAUACGGAAGGCGACACCACAUUUGUAAACGACGAUGACGAAUACGAGCACAAACAAUACGAGCUUCCGUCCAAAGCACCCACAGUCCGCUUCCCUUCAAAUCGCCCUGGUCCAAGUUCGUCUAGCAGCCACAGCUCCACAUCCGCUGAGUCCGAGCCCUCGAGCGAUCCUCCAAUUCCGACCUCGCAGGCAGAGGAAUUAGAAUGGGAAGCUAGUCUUGAGCCCCAUCAACGCGCCCUGCACGACCUGCUCAUCCGCGCCUCAAAGCGGGUAUUGCGUCACAUCGUCGACAAUGAGACAGCUGUUGCUGACAUCGCAGACGUCUUCGCCAGAGAUGGCUAUCACCUGCUGAACCAGCUGCUAGAGCGACAGGAAAGUGCUUACUCGCAGGUGUUUGACGACUUAAACAAGAAGAAAGCAGACCUUACCACCGAGCUUGAGAGUGUGGCAAAGAGGCUGGCGAAAGAAAGGAAGCGCAUCAAGGCUGUGGCUUAAGAAACGUGUGGUUUACGAGCGCGAAGCUUGUCUUUUACCGCAUUUGACGACUGUUUCGGUGACGUGUUUGUAGGAUAUCCGGUUAUGAUUUAUGGACCCUGAAUGUACGAUAGGAAUGAGUAUGCGUUACGAGACCAUGUUGAUAUGUAGCGAGGCAGCGCAAAUGUGCUUCAUGUGCAGUC